AUGGCAUACGAAAGACGAUUAUCGUCUGCAAGUGAUUCAUCCACUAGUACAGCACAAUCAACAGAAUCGACUAACGCAAACGAAAAGAUCUCAUCAUUAUCCAGUUAUAAACGACAACUUAUUCAUCAUCAUCAAAGACAUCAUUAUACCACCGCAUUUACAACAAAUGACUCAAUAAUUAAAGUUGAACAAAAACAACCAUCAAAUAAGAGUCUAACAACAUCAACUUCAUUGAAGCGUAAUACUUCCUUAUUAGCUUCACCAGCUGAACAAUUACUUGCACGAACAAAAAAUACAUUUGUUGAUUUGAAUCCCUAUUUUGAAUGUUCAUCAUUACCCAAUCAUUGGAGAAAAAAUAAAUCGCUAAGGUUCAUAUUGAAACCAAAACCAAAUAUUGAUAUUAAAUCCAAUACACGUGUGAUGAUAUUGGCAGGAAAUGAAUUUAAUCCUUGUGCAAGUUUAAAAAAUAAUAUUAGCUGGUUUCGAAAUGGGCAAGCUGAAUUCAAUGACUUAAGAUUUCUUGGCGCUAGUGGAAGAGGUAAAAAGUUUACUUUAGCUAUUUUUGUUGAUACAAAUCCUCCUCAACAAUGUACAUAUCGACGUGCAAUUAAAAUAACUGUUGAUGGACCACGAAAGAAACGAGAACUCAAACACAAAGCAGAUUCGAAUUCAAUUCAAGAGAAAGAAGAUGAAGAUUCUGAUGGUGAUUCAGAGCAUGAGCGAAUAGACAUGCAAAUGAAAACUCGUUCAAUUUCACAAGCGUCAUCCGGUUUAAUGAUUUUAGCAGCGGCUGCUGAACAAAAACGGCAAGAAGUAUUAAAUGAAGAAGAUGAUAAAGAUUAUCAUUCAAGUUCAAUAUCAACACCAAUGGACAUUUGUCCAUCUAAUUCAACAACCGGAUAUCAAUAUCAAUCCGGUUCUGUUGAUACUAGUUGUUCAUCGCCAUCCUCUUCGUUAUCUUCUGUAUUUGCAACAUCGAUUAUGUUUUCUGAUUUUGAGAGAAUGAAUUCACCAAUAAUGAAUAAAACGAUGAAAAACUCAUUUCUAAACAACAACAACAACACAACUGUAUAUCCAGUUAUGUCAAAUGUAACAAAUAUGAAUGGAAUCGAUCGUUUUAAAAUUCAAAAUGAAUCAUCAUCGACGAUCACAACUCCCAUCACAUCACAAUUGACUUCAACGACAAAUCUAAUUCAUCCUGUAUUCACAUUCUCAUCAAAACUAUUACCACCAACGGCCACCGAAUACUAUCAUACACCUGACAAUCCAGUAACUACUGUAUUUGAACCAUCAUCAACAUCACAUGUGUUGUGUCGUUGA